AGCUUCCUGAUAACGCCGUUUCUCCCUUGUCCACGGAGCACAAUGCUCUUGCCAGUCUGUUAGACACAGUUACUGAAUGAAUUGAGACCCAGUCAUUGAAAACAAUAAUUUACUAUGGAUGCCUUCAUCCUAAAAAUGCCGGGAGCCUACUUGACAGCUGAUGAAGGAUUUGACGUCGUGAAGUGUGAUGAUUUAAAGAUGGGUUUCGUGUUGCUCAGCGUGGUCCUGGCGGGCGUGGGCGUCGUCCUCGUGGACGCCCAUGUGGCCCUCACCUUCCCGCCCUCCCGAAAAUACGACCUGGACUUCUUGGACAACGGCAGAACGCAGGCGCCCUGCGGUAUGCCUAAAGGCAACAUCAGAACUUCGUUCCUAAAAGGCUCCGAUUUUAAUGUGACGUGGCACCUAGGUUAUCCACAUAAGGGCGGUUUCCGCAUCGAGUUGAUGGACGCCCAAGAACGCCCGCUGGCAGACCUCACGCCCGUCACUGCUUCCUCUAAGUUUUUGGCCGAUGACCCCACAGCGCAGAGUUUCCGGGUGACCCUGCCCAAAGACGUCGAGUGUGAGGGCUGCACCAUCAGGUUGCUCCGUCAGGCUUCCGAGUGGGGCCCAAAGUACCUGUUCUGGUCCUGCGCCGACGUCGACAUUGUGCCCAGGAACAACUACCGCGAAGACUGCAGCGGCAAUGGCCGGUUUAUGGUCUCACGCUGUCGGUGUGAUAAGCGAUUCUACGGAGACAGGUGCCAGUACGAGAACGAGUGUGAGGAUGACCAGGAUUGCGGCUACUUCGGGAAGUGCAUUGACAUAGAAGCCACCACCUACCCAAAGAAGCAGUGCUACUGCAAGCAGGGCCGAUUUGGAUCGAAGUGCUCCAAAGUGUCACUGGUCACGAAACAGGACGUGGUCAACCUGAGCCUGUACUCCAAGAGAGAGCUGAGCGACAAGCUGACCCUCCACUGGAGGAUCCUGAGGAAAGAAGGAGAGAUCGAAGUGGUGAUGGUCAACAAGGGCUCAUCCUACGUUGCCCUGGGGUGGCGGCCCGGAGGCGCCAACAAGACCUGCAAGGAGUUCCCCUACAUCCCGGCACCGCCCGGCUACAAACCUCCGGCGAAGGUGCCUUCUGCGGCAGCCGAGGCUGAGCCAGAAGCUGAGGCCGAGCCAGAAGCUGAGGCCGAGCCAAACGCUUCAGCUCCGGAACCGGAAGCUGAGGCCGAGCCCGAAGCUGAGGCCGAGCCUGAAGCUGAGGCCGAGCCAGAAGCAGAGGCCGAACCAGAGGCUGAGGCGGAGCCAGAAGCAGAGGCUGAACCAGAAGCUGGUGGCAAAUCGGAGACUGGAGCCAAGCCGAAACCGAAAGCUGAACCUGAGGGAGGAGCUAAAGCCGACGGAAAGUCGACAAGCGAUAGGGAAGCAAAAUCCGAUCAGGAUGCAGCAGCAGCAUCGGCAGAACCAGAAGCAGAGCCCGAGGCUGAGCCCAAAGUGGAAUCGGAGGCGGAGCCCAAAGCGGAACCCACGCCGGACGGGGAGACAGCGACCGGAGAGGAGGCCAAGCGACCGAGCCUAGCAGGCACUAUCUCCACCAGCACCACCACUGCUAAGUCCUCUGUAACCACUACCACUGCUACCAGUACUACCACCAAACCUGCGACCACUCCCAUUGUGACAACUUCCACUUCGGCUGCAACAGCUUCCACAGCGACCAGUGCAAAGCCGACAACUGCUACAAACCCUUCCACGACGACCACUACUGCAGCCACGAUGACCUCUAGCAAGGCUCCAUCUACAGUAACCAGUACAGCUACUUCAACUAAUGCUCCAUCUACAGCAACUAGUACAACAUCUACUACAACACGUACAACCACUUCUACGGCCACUACAACAGCAGCAACUAGCACUACGGCAACUAAAGCCGCUACUACAGCUACAACAAUUGCAGCUACAACUCCCACCACUAGAACCACAACCUCUGCUACAACCACUUCUACAGCUACCACUACAACAGCAGAGGAAACCACUACAGCUUCUCGCAGAAGGAAGAUAAAUCGACUGUCUGGAUUGCUGAUUCCGAAUAACAGAGGGAAACGCGAUACACACUCUAGACGCGCACGAUUCGCUGUCCCGCUCCUCAAGUCUAGGAGCGAGGCGGAAGAGGUCAAAGAUGGCGGCUCGGGCGGCGAAGGUGCCCACGCAGAACCCGAAGCCGAGUCCGAGUCUGAGCCUGAGGUUGAGGCUGUGGCUGAAGCAGAACCUGCCGUAGAACCCAUAAGUGGGAAGUCACCUUUCGUCCCAAAGGCCGAUUUCCACGCGAUGGACUGCACGGACAUCAUCAUCGGUUCGGCCAGGGGAGACGUCUAUCGUAUUGGUGACUACUACACGCGUGACAGAUCUACCCCUCGUCCGGAUGAGUUCUGGGGCGGAGAAGACUCCAUCACCGCUGCUUUGGGCUGGGAGGCGGACGGAGUGACAACCAUUCUGUUCAGACGAAAGCUUGAGGGCGACCAUCCAACGGAUCAUCCGAUCACCAACUCCCUGAUGCAUGUCAUAUGGGCAAGAGGUCAGGAAGAAGGAAGCUACGUCCACUCCCCCAAAUCUGGCCUUGAGUCUGGCACUCCUGGUAUCCCUAACUUCUACCGUCCAGACGAGCUGAAGUACCAUGGCCAGCGUGAUCAGAGAGGUGUCGUUUCUCUUAAUUUCCUGGAGCAAGUUACUGCAACUUCGAAAACCACUGGAGCCGACGAAAUUAACUGGUGUGGUGGUCACUGGAAGUAUCCAGGGUCAUGUACAAUUGGGCAAGAUUGUGAGUACUACGCCAAGUGGGAAUACUUUGAGGAAACAGACGACAUCAAGUUCAUCGUUGAGACUAAACAUGCUGAUCGUUGGACUGGCAUUGGCUUCUCAGAUAACACCAGGAUGUCCCUGACUGACGCUGUGCUGGGCUGGGUGGAGCGUUCUGGCAGAGUCUUCAUGUUCGACGCCUGGGUCCGUGGGUAUACGCCGCCCAUUGUGGACCCUAAUCAGGGAGUGAGGAAUGACACUGGGAAAAUAGUUGACGGAGUUGCCACCUUCAGUUUUGUGAGGAAGAGGGUCUCCAACGAUAAAGAAUAUGACCUGAGUUUCACAGACAACGAUUGCUUGUAUUUAGUGUUCCCAAUCAAGGGAGGAGUCAUCAACUACGUGUCCAAGAAAAUCCGCAAACAUGAUGCCGUCCCAGCCAUAUCGACGGAGCGAGUGUGCAUCAGGUCAUGUAGCAAGUAUGGUGGAGCAGAUGGACGGCCCUUCGUGUACACGACAACACCUCGUCCCCCUCAGCUCCACUACAACGUCCAGAUGAAACUUACCGAUGUGGGAAGCAACUUCAUAGUGCCAGAGAAGGGUUCCACUGCAUGGAACCAACUUUCAGAAAGAGUCCAACGCUCAGUCGAAGGGGCCGUCCAGAAAAUUCCAGGUUACGAGGCUACAGCUGUCAAGGACAUAAAAUUACAAGGCGAGGGAAAGCUUUUAGCAACGAUGGAGGUGAUCCUUGACAAAAAUGCGCACGAAGCUGAAGCCGGAGAAGUUCCUGCUCCUACAGGCGAGUCAGGUGAAGUUGGAAGUAACUCGAUGGUCAAGAAGGUCCUGCAGGAUUCCGUCAGCACCGGCACCAUUGGAAUACUGCGUGUUGAUCCCAGUUUCCUCCGCGUUAGCCAACUGCGAGAAGUGUCAGAGGCAGUAAGAGAAGAAUCCGUUACGGGACUCGAAAGUGAGCAGAAGAAUCCUGCUUUGAGGUUCCUGGAGGUGAACAAGAUAUGGAUAAUCAUUGGCGUUGUUGGCUUCCUCCUUUUACUGACAGUCAUUCAGGCGAUUGUCACCAUUUCAAGGAUCAAGAAAAACCGCUCCCCUCCUGUGAGUACGAAGGAACGUUUAAUAACAAACUCCGGAUGGAAAGAUUAUAGCCAAGGCAACAUGAAUUACGCAUAUGAAAGCUUCGAAACCGAAGAGAAUGGUGUCAACUCCCGCCGGCAAGGACACAAUGGAACACUACGGCCAAACGGCAACCAUGGAUCCUACGGCAGGACCAACGGCCAUGCAAGCGGAGGGGGGUACAACGGAAGUAUGAAUGGAGGCCACAUGUCACAUCCUGCAGGAGGUUAUGGAGGCGACACACGUUCUCUGCAGCGUCCCAAAAACAUGCCCCAGGUUCGACCUGACCCCCGGGGGACCUACUCCCUGCCACGAGGAUCGACCAGUUCAUCCCUGCCCUCCUACAAUGCUGCAAUGCAGGAAAUGACCCCAGAUUUCUACUACCUCCCUUCACAGCGCAAAUAUUCCGGAGAAGUGGUUCGUGUUUACGUUGACUAUAACCAGUCCAAGUAAAAAUAUAUAAAAUAAAAAUAUACAAAAUAGAAAGUGUAGCUGAAUUACAAAUGUUUGUGAUUGUAAUGUAUUCAUUUAGUUAUCAUUAUACUGUUAAGCUCUAGUUAAAAUCAGGAAAGCCAGGGUAAGAAUUUUUUCUUUUGGAGCUGCGCUUAAAAUCCAUAUGGGUUCACAGGUGCAAGAAAUAACAGUAUGUCAAAAUUGUAUUAAAUAAGCAGCCUCUCCAGUUGAUUAGGGUGAAAAGUUUUAUAGUUUGACGAAAGUCAGUUAUUUAUACAACUGUAAAAAUCUGACGAAGGUUGUGUAAUUUAAAAUUAAUUUGGUCAAAUAACAUAUCAACUAAUGUAAAACGCUGGUACUGUAUAACCAAAGUGACGAUGGGAUUUGAAGUGACAGACGAGCUAAAAAUGACGUAGGUAAAGAUUUAUUUUAUUACUUUUCAGUAGAUGCAUGCAGUUUAGUAUAAUUUGCUCAAAUUUACCUGUAUUCUGUAUACAUUACAUGCGGACACCACACUACUUAUACAAAUUCAACUUACACACAUUCAGAGAUACCGUGCAAAAAAAACAGGAUCACAAAAUAAAAUUGUGUCCAAAGCACUCCCCUUUACUACCCAUAGUUCAAAUUUUGUUGUGUGUGCAUAUUUUGUACAUAUAGUACGUACUGUGCUGAUUUUAUAUCCUACUGUCCUUAAAUAGACAUGAAGAGUACAGUAACCAACUUACAAAUAAAUCAAUAUACUGGCAGUCCCCAGUUAUCAGCGCAGGUUCUAUUCUUGGUGGGAUGCGGAUAAGCAAAAACCGCCAUUAACUGAAACUCGGCAAUUUGCCAAGUUUCGGUUGAUGGCGCCGACAACUGGUUAAUGGCACUUCUGUUAGGCAUCUUAUGGCGCCAUAAUUCUAUUAUCGGCACCUUAUGACACCGAUAACCGAAACUUAGCCUGUUAUGUCUAGCUCCACAAAACUGGAUCGCCGUUAACUAAGUCCGUCGAUAAGUGGGGAGUGCCUGUACAAACAGCUGUCCAGACGUAACUCAGUUGUAGGUAGAGUGGUGUCUAUAUACAGGACUGCAAAAGGCAAAACUAUCAAGUGCUGGUGGCCUCGAUGAGACCACAAUUGACUCUGAAUUAUGGUCGUGACUCGAGGGCACUCGAGCACUUUUGUACAUAGUGUUUAUCAUUGACUUUAUUCUUAGGUCUUAAGUUAAAAUGUGUAUAUACAAUACUCAACUUUCAUAACGGGAAUAUUUGCUUUAACUAUUAGUUCUGUAUAAACUAAAGAAUGAGUGCAAGCUCUUAAGCUUGUCACUACUGGGGAAAAAGACUGCCAUGAAAUUACAAUGCAAGGCAUGUGCUUGCAGACCUAAAAUCUAUUAUUGUCUACAGGAUUAGCUUACAGAUUCUAUAUUUUAUUAGACAAGUAUCCAGACAUUUAUAUCCAUGCACAAUUUUACUGUGUACGGUUUUCUUUGUACAUAGCUUGAUGUUCGUGAUGUGUAUUUUUACUCCAUUGUAUUAUUGCUUAACUGAAAUGUAAAGUGUAUUUUAAAUAUAUGUCAUCUGAGCUGUAUAUUUUUGUAUCAGAGUAUUUGUAAUCACGGUUAUGAAGAUUACUGUCAAUGUGCUGUUACUGUGAUCAUCUGAGUACGCAGUGGGUGCCAUGAAUCUGUAGUUACCUUCUUGAAAGCUCAAUCAGCAUUUCUUGGCCCAAAGAAAAACAAAAUAUUUUAAGAUUCCCCUUGGCUCUUAGACCUAAGAAAGGAUGCUGUAUGCAUCAUUGGUUUGGAGUGACUAUCCAAGCUCUAUUUUAAUAAUUAAGAAAUACUGAAUAUAUAGAAAAAAAAGAGGUAUGUACCAAGAUGAUCAUUUCUAUCUGCAUGUACUUAAAUGUGGUGAAUGAUUCUGAAUAAUGAAUAUGGAUUCCUAUUUCAUAUAAUAAACUUACUCCUAUGACUAGUUCACAUACAGUAUAUGCACAUUAUAUUGAUACUGGAACCUUUAUAAUGUUCUGCUAUAUAUAUAAGUAUAUUGCAAAUCAGUGAUCGAUAUUUGAUUACUUGACCAGUUAGUGUCAAAUUGAUCACAACAUACUACUGAAUACUGUACAGUAGUAGUUUCCUUUUAAUGAAUUUUGCCAACUAAUAAUGACAUGCAGUAUUGUUUGAUUUGGACAUUUAACAAACCAACUUAUGUAUAGUGUGGUAAAAACAGUGAUAAAGCCAUUCUAUAAAUCAUUAUCAUUCAUUGGUGUUUCUCCAUUUCCAAAGACUGGUUUCAUUUAUUGUCUUCAACAGACAUCACAUCAGAUCAAUGAAGCUUGCAUGAGAUGUCCAUUCAUUCCUAUUAAUGCCACACAUUCAUAUGAAUACUUGUCUAAACCUUGGACUAACCAGAGGUGGGGACGCCCAUUUCAAGGCAUAACGUACAACUGCAGAACUUUGUACUACUGUACAUGUUAACCAAACAAACAAUCCUGUUUGAGAGUAGGGGUGUUAAUCUUUAUUUUCCUCUCUAAUACACAAUCAGAAAAGUGGGUCAUUUAGGUAGUUAAUCAUGGCAUGUUUGUAAAGAUUCUUAUACUGUAUAUUGUAUAUAUAUAUCUAGUAUAUUAAUUAUACAGAUACAACACAGUACAUACCAUCUUUUGCCACAUUGCAUUACCUGUACCAUAUAUUGUAUUAAUGUACGUUAAUAAACAAACUCCUAAA